AUGGCACCGAGACUAGCCGUAUCGCAACUCAUCCUCAUUCGUGAUAUGUUAGUUAGCGGUGAGCCAUUCACUGCAUCCCAGAUAGCUGUAGCUGCCGGCUGUAGUGAACGUUAUUUGGCAGUGUCAGAGCACCUCCAAAUCGUGUCGGUCGCCGACGAAGCAUCACGCCCGUGA